AUGGUUUGCAAAGAGGACGUGGUAUCAUGGUUUAAAGAAUUGGAAAGCUAUAAACGCAUAGACGCGAUGUGUACAUUAUUAAAUAUGUGUUUGCCAUUUGAGCUACGUUUCAUUGGCACAUACCUAGAGGAACUAGGCAAGCGGGACUUUCAGGAGUUGCGUGGUGCCGAACUGAGAGCCAACAAUCCCACAGACCUGGCUGCGGACAUUGGAGGCGCCAAUACAGACCCCAGGACAAGACGGAAAAUGGCCUUAUAUGUGUCAUUAUUACGCUCAUGUAAUUUCGCGUGUGCCACUACAUUGUAUAAUGCUAUGGUCAGUUUAGAGCAAUGUGGAUUGUUGAAAGGAUUGUAUGGUGAUCUUCUAGAAGAAAUUUUAUUGCUGUACACUAUGGCAUUACAUCAUCCAGCAUUUACUUUUGAUCAAAAAUCACAUUUUGGUGAAAUUUUAGAAAAAUUAAAAAUGGAAGAUCAAAUAAUACAAUUUCCAGAGCCACAAGAGCAUAUAAAUGUUGUGCCUGUGAGUGCAUGUCAUACGCAGUCUAGUAUCACAGCAAAUAUGUCUGUUCCGCCACCUAGUCUGUCCACUUUAGGGCCACCACCUGGUAUGAUGUAUGUUAAAACAGCUGGGUUGCAGCCGUGCAGUACAGAGCAAGUGCCUGAACUGAGUUCCCCACCAGUGCUAACGGGCCCUGCGGGAGUUGUAUCAAUGUUGGGAGAUGUUCCACAUCCACCGCCUGGGAUACCACUGCCACAAUACAAUAUGGGAGAAUAUAUGGGACAUAAUCCAUGGCCUGGAAAUAUUCUAGUAUCACCUAUUAAUCCACCCCUUGAGGUUAUUAAUUAUACACCUGCAAGUGGUGCCCCAACUUCGCCCCUAGUGUCGUCUCCAGGCGACAGCCGCACGGCAUCACCACGAGCUCGUCGCCGAGCUUCACGAGAACGUUCACCUCCACCCCAUGCUACGACCGUUGGACCUCCAGAACAGCCUAUACUACCCCACCAAUUAGCUGCUAAUUUUGAAAAUCUCUCUGUCGCUGAUAUUCGUCACAACAUGGCCGACGAGAGAUUACGCGAAAUCAGUGCAGUGCAUCAACAGCAGUACCGUUCCUUGGAAAAAUUGAACGGAGUGCGACGAUUGACGGGAGCCUACGGCGCGCCUCCGCGCUCAUCGUCGGACAGCGGCUCGUCCGCGACGUCGUCGCCGCCCGACACGCCGGCGCCGCCGCGCCGGGCCACGCCGUCGGCGCCGCCGCCCGUGCCGUACCUGCCCUACCCGCCGCGCCCGUUCGCCUACCCCACGCCGCCGCCCGCGUACCGCCAGCCGCCGCCGCCCUUCGCCAACGGCGAGCCGUCGCCCUUCGCGGCGCCGGCGCCCUACGCCGGCUUCGUGUCGGUGCUGUACGCGCCGCCCAAGCUGUCGUGCUGGAACUGCGGGGCGGCGGGCCACGCGGGCCACGAGUGCAAGGAGCCGAGCAUGGAGGAGAUGACGCGCGCGGGCGGCUAUCAGCUGGACUUCGGCGGCGCGCCGCCGGAACCCGCCGAAAAGUAG